AUGAUUUUGAGCAUGUUGGAAGAUGUGGAAAGGACAACAGAUGAAAAGAAUAUAGACAAAGAUGAGCGUUACGAUGCCCUUAUGGAGGAGCUCGGCAUUCGUCUUCAAAAGAUGCAGGACAUGCAAGUCAACAGCAACGACAGCCUAGAAAAGGAGCAUGUGAUGAGGACCACGAGAAAAAGCUACUACAUGCCACCUGAAAGCUCACAUGCCAGCAAGGCGAGGUCGGGCGAGACAGCCAAACCAGAGCUACCGAACCCGAACCAUGACCCGAACGACACAGGCAACGGCAUCGCGGUGCUCUUGACGAUGCACAACGGCCAAGACUCACCCUCCGCAGCCGCCAUGUCAUUUGCCAAUAUCCAAUUUUGCAACUACCCCGACAGUCAUGAUAAUAUCUCCUCACAUCCGGAAAUCCUUUGCGAGUCCGAGGCCACCGGUCUGUUAGUGGAGGCCGUCGAGACUGCUCUCGACGGGAGCCGUGACGGGAAAACACGGGAGCUCAUGCAGCAGCCACUGGUACUGAAAUUCUGCAGUAUGCUUGGGUGUAACGGGAUGAUGAAAUUUUUCAAGCACAUGACUACGCCGGCAGGUCAAGCAUGUAUGAUCUUCAUGGAUGUCGAGGAAAGGUAUGGACGGAUUCUGAAGCUUAGCAGCCAAGUAUCGCGCGGUGAGAAGAUGCGAACCCGUCGAGCAGCUUCAGAUACAAGCCCCAGAUCCGGGCAUGGCAAUCCGAACUUGGGUUCCAGAUCCAGGCAGCGAGGAUGA